CAAUGAAACGUGAGUCCGCGGACCAACCCGGGCUUCAUAUCGUAAAACAAACGCGUCUCGCCUUGAAGAAUCCACCAAACAGCAGGUCCAAAUGUUCUCUCACCAGUCCUCAACAGUCGUAAGCGAACUGCCUAAGGACGCGCUGGUUCAUGUGCUUUCGGGUUGCUCUGCGCACGAGCAUGGCGCUAUCCGCCUCUGCUCUUUGGAAUGGAAACGGAUGCAUGAACAACAUGUCACGACACGGCUGCGCGCGGGCUCGAUACCCGACCGGGUGGCCGUGUACCGACUGGAAUGUCGCGCUUUCGUGAGCGAGCUCGACCUGUCUUCGCCGACAUGCAAUAUCACACCUGGAUGCUCACUGGCCGAUUUCAUUGGCGAGGCAUCAACCGGGCUCCCGCAGCUACGCGACCUCAUCAUCGGGGCUCAGGCGCUGCGGCAGGCGCCGCUGCUGACAACGCAAAGGGACGCCUGCAGCACCCGACUCCCGGCGCGAGCACCGCUCGGAUUCCCCGCGGCCGAGAUUGCGGCCAUGAAAGGCCUGCGGCGGCUGGUUAUCGGAUGUGGUGACCUGCAAGACACCAAGGCAAGCGAAGAGACAAAUGGCAGCAGUAGCAGCAGCCACGGCAGUGCGGUAGUCGCAGAGGUAGGAUCGGUGGGGCGGGCCAGCUGGCCGUCGCCGCCGCCCCCCCACUCCACGACCGCGGGCGGGCUGCUACAGCCGCUGCCGCGGCCCCAGCUACUGCCGGACAGCCUGCCUACAGAGCUGUUCUCCCUGGAGCAGCUGGAGGUUCUGGAGCUGCACGGGAUGGCACUGCUUCUGCCGGCAGGCACCGCGCCACCCGCCGCCGCAGCGCCUGCUGGCGGCGGCGUCACGGCCGGGGCUGCGGGCCCCGUGGAGCCGCCGAGCGCAGCGCUGCCAUCGCGCUUAGUCUUCCCAAAGCUGCACAGCCUCAUGCUGUCCGGCAGUGCGGCGCAGCUGACCCAGUCCCUGGCCGCCCUGCACUGCCUGCGGCCCUCGCUGCGCGCCCUGCAUCUCACCUGCACCGACCCCACGGCAAUUAGGGUGGUGCCAGAGCCCGGGGAAGGCGGCGCAGCAGCUGACGCAGUAGAGAACGCAGCUGGGUACGCAGCCGGGGACGGAGCCGCGGGCAAUGAGGGCCCAUUGCCUCUUGCUGCCGCCGGCAGUGGCCCAGCACCAGCACCACGGCCGCCGCCGAUGCACAGCGGCGGCAUUGAGUUCGACUUCAGGAGUACGGGCCUGGGCGGCUGGGGCCGGCCGGUGGGGCCGGUGGCAACACCACACGGAGCCUCAGUUGCUGCUGGCACAGCGGCAGGAGGCAGCGCCGCGCCGCGGCAUGCCGCAAGCGUGCCUGGGCCGUGGGCUGCCUGGCCGCCUCCAGCUGCCGCGUCCGGUGCGGUGACAGGGUCGCGGGUGGUGGGUAUGCUGCCUGUGAACAGCGCGAUGUUCCAAGGACUCAACAGGCUGAUGCAGCCGGGGGUGGCGAUGGCAGGGGCGGCGGGCCAGGAGGCGGGGUUCGCUGCCGUAGUGACGGCGACGGCAGCAGCCCUAGCGGAGGAGGGCGUGGGUGCGCCUGGUGUGGAAGGAGCAGCAGGGCGGGGCGGGGCGGACGGAGCUGGGUCAUUGGUAUCCCGGCAGCAGCAACAGCCUUCAGGGCUGCACGAGCUGAGCUACAGGGGGUUCUACCUGACACUGCCGCUGCCGCAGCUGCGGCGGUGGACGUCGCUGCAGGCACUGGACCUGUCACACAACAAACUGGUGCUAGACCAGGGCCUGCUGGUGUCUCAGCUGGCGGAGCUGACGCGGCUGACGCGGCUGGACCUGUCACACAACUGCCUGGGAGCGCUGCCGCAGCCGCUGUGCACCGCGCUGCUGGACCUCAGGGACCUGGACCUCUCCUCCAACUGCAUCCCCCACCUCCCCGCCGACCUGACCGGCCUCAGUCGCCUCACGCGCCUGGCAAUGGCCGACAACUGCCUGAGCAGCCUAGAGGCGCCGCCACCGCCUCCAGCACCAGCAGUGCCGCCGCCGACAGCGGACCUGCUGGUGCCCGUAUCGCCCACACAAGAGAAGGCGCCCGCGGCUGCUGUGGCAGCGGCGCCUCGGCCGCUGUCGCUGGGUACGCUGCCGUCAGGUCUGCAGGUUCUGGACGUGAGCGGCAACAGGCUAGUGGCGCUGCCGAAGCAGCUGCUGAUGGAGCUGCCAGAAUUGCGUGUGCUGCGUGCCGCACGAAACAGGCUGCUGCGACUGCCGGCCUUCCUGCCGCCCUGCGCCAGGGACUGCGGCUGCGUUUGCACCACAUCCGCCGAGUCGCACAAGUCGCCACCCGCCGCAGACUCUCAACCCCAGCACCAGGACCAGCAGUCCUCGGGCUUUUCUGCGCACCCUGCUAGCGCUGCAGCUGUGCGCUACUGCUGCCGGCGCUGCUGCUGCGCGGCGCCGCACCGCAGCCGGCUGCAGCUGCUGGACGUCAGCGCCAACCACCUCAGUGUCCUGCCGGCCGCGGAGCUGCUGGGGGGCCUGGCGCAGCUGCAGGUGCUGGCUGUGGGACAGAACUACUUUAAGGCUGUGAACGAUGCCGGUGGUUCUACGGCAGUGGCCGGCAUUGCAGGCACGGCGGGCUGCGGUGGGGGGCAGCCGCUGCUGCCACCGCUGCUGCCGCCACUGCUGCCGCUGCGGCUGAUGCGACUGGACAUCCGCCUGGCUGUGUGCAGCAUGCGGGAGGAGCAGGCGACCUCCUUCCUUGAGGCGGUGGGGGGCCUCACCAGCCUCACAUGCCUUCAGGCCCAGUCCAACACGCUGCAGCGGCUGCCGGACUGCUGGAGCCGCCUCACGCGGCUGACGCGGCUGGAGCUGGCGCAUAACCGACUGGCCGAACUGCCGCCCGGGCUGGCGGCAUUGAGAUGCCUCAGACACCUGGACGUGUCCCACAACUGUUUGGUCGGACUGCCCGGCCCGGUGCUGGCGGCGCUGACGGCACUGACGGCACUGGACGCAUCUGUCAACCUGCUGGCCACGCUGCCAGACUGCCUGGCGGCGGCGGCGCCGCCGCCGCCGCCACUGCCAGAGGCGGGUCACUCUGCACCCGUGUGUCCAGGAGGUGGUGCAGGCCUGACGCGGCUGCAGGUGCUGGACUUGCAUUACAACUCGCUGUGCGAGCUGCCCGCCUCCCUAAGUCGCCUGGUGGCUCUGCGGCGGCUGGACGUGUGCCGCAACUACGGCCUCAGGCGACUGCCGCCCGGCACAGCGGAGGCGCUGACAAGACUGCUGCUGGUGGCGGUGGGCAAGCAGCUGGCGGAGCUAGCCAUGGAGGAGGUGGAGACGCAUGCGGAGGUGCCGGGGGAGGGGGAGGGUCGUGAAGGUAGUGUAGCAGGCUGCAGUAGUAGUGCGGGGGUGCGGGAGGGGCAGGGGCAGAGGUGCGCAGCCGGUGCCGCUAGGCCAGCCAAUGAGCUACGGCGGCUGGCCAUGCGAGGUGUCCGCAUUCAGGUGGUGCCGUGAGGGAUUCGGGAGGGCAAUAACAUGGCAUGAGUAACGGUACUAACGA